UAUUGAGAAGUGGGUAAGGUGAGCUGAAACUUAGUAACUAUGAGGUCAAUCACAGCUUCAUUCCGACAGUAGCUACAUAUCCACUGGCAAGCCAGGUGAGAGGCGCCUUCCAGGAAAAAGCCAGAUUCUCUAGCACAGCUGAAUGGCUUAUAAUUUCAAAACUCUUGCCUGUAGUUUCCACUAAGGCUUUUCGUUGCUUGCGCAUUGGAACAUAUCAAGUUUGCAUAUGAUGAGCUGCGUCGGUUCAUAAGAAUUAUAAAUGUCCACUAAGACGGAUAGAGACUCACAGGUAGAAGUGACCCACCUAGAUUCCCUCAAAGCAGAAUGGGCUGAAGACAUUGACGUGGAGAGCGUUGACGGAAGGGAGGUGAUGAGGACAGAUGAAGCUCCAGCGCCCCGCGGACUCAGCCGCAACCCGAAGUGCGCUCGCUGCAGGAAUCACGGCGUCGUGUCGCGCCUCAAGGGCCACAAGCGCCUGUGUCGCUGGCGUGACUGUCAGUGCGCGAACUGUCUGCUGGUCGUAGAGAGACAGAGAGUGAUGGCAGCGCAAGUCGCCCUCCGGAGACAGCAUGCCACGGAGGGUAAAAAAGGUCAAAAAAACACCUCUGUUCUCAGGCGCACAGCUUAUCAGCGCUACACGAGGGCACCUAGUCUCCUGGCAAAGAGUAUUCUAGAGGGCUACAAGCCACUUGUGCUGGAGGACUGGCCUAAGAGACUCCACCAACCCCCAGUCAGUGUUCGUAUGAGGAAGAGGAGAGCGUUUGCUGAUAAAGAGCUGGAGACUGUGAUGCUGGAAAGAGAGCUGAGGCAAAGAGAGAUGGAAGAGUUGCCUGCGCUCCUCCUCCAGGCUGUGGUGCCGUCCGCUCCCACUCCGUAUUUUUUCCCGCUGUCAAACCCAGUCAUGCCCACUUACAUGCCUGUGUCCAAAAGCGGCCCUCCUUUGACUGACUGUGAUCUCCCUCACCAUCAACACAUGCUUAAAUCCAAGACUUUAGACUGCGGCACAGACAAACUGACAGACAGCGUCUCUCUAAGAGUGUGUGAGAAUUGGGAUCUUUUCAAUUCGAUUCGGCCUCCACCGCGCUGCUACAGCACAAGCCCAGGUGUCAACAUGGUUAAAAACAUGACGGACAGCGGGUUUUCUGAUCAGUCUGUCAAACCAAAAAGUUUAGAUAUUGACACCAUGUCAAAGCAAGACAUUCCUCUCUCACUGAAUAUGGCAGACGUGCUGGUACAAGCUAAAUCGCCCCACAAACGCUGCAGGUCAUUGGGACACGAGGCCUCUGUACACAUGGACUGUAUGGAGGGUGCAAACAAAGACCCCAUCAAAAAAGCUGUAACACGGCCAUUACCUUUUUCUGUAGAGGCAUUGCUCAUGAGAUAAGAAUAAUUUCUUCAAAGCUAACACUUUACAAUAGGUUUCAGUUUGUUAACACGAGGUAUUACAUUAAUUUACAUUACAUUAACAACCAAUGUAAUUUUUUACACUAUUAAUGUUGAUAUCUACAUACACUAAUACAUUUUUAACAUUUCAAGUUAUAUAUUAACAUUACCU